ACAGUUGGUCAGUGAAUGACAUUUACCUCAAAUUUUAAGUCAUUUUGUUUUAACUUAAACAAAUGUCAUAUACGACACGCAAUAUGGCUCACUUUAAGUUUUUAUUACAUAUAAUUUUAGUGUUUUUUAUUUAUUCAUUAUUCAAAGGCACAGAUGUUUUGGCUAACAAUUUUAACGUCUUUGAAGAGGUGGCAAACGACUUAUUGGUGACAAUCAUAAAAGAAAAUAUACACUGUCAUAAUUAUAAGAAUCAUGGUGCAAAACAUGCUGAAGAUGCUACAAUGAAUUUAAGAUUAGCUAAAUUUGCCAGUCCUCUUAACAGAACUGCAUAUAAAAUUGUAUGCGAGAAUGUAUUAAAGGAAUUGAUUUGUGCAGUAUAAUUUUCUAAUGGCAAAUCCAGAUUUGCUAUGGAAAUAUCUUUAUUAUUUCAAAUAAUACGUUACUCAUACAUAAGACUUUGAAAACAAAUGGACAUUGGAUAUAAAUGAUACAAAUUGUAUUAAAUAUUGUAUGGUAUUCGACUAAUUCACAUCUUUACCUUGCAUCCAGAAACUGCAAAAAGAACAAAAAUGAUUAAUAAACCACCAACAAUGGAUUUGCUAUGAUGUAGUUUACAACUCAUCGUGGUUAGUCUAUGCACUGACUUUCAACGUUAAAAUUCAUUGACUAGCGCAUGGAGAACGAAAAUCCUAGUUUUUAUACGUGUUUCUAGCACUCCCAUAUCUUUAUGUGGAUAGUUUUUCAAGAGAAAACAGGUCAAACUGCGAAAAAACAUAACGUUUGCAGAUUUGAUAAUUUUUAUGUUACAAGUAGUAUUUUCUUAGCGAAAUUCAUGAAAUGUAUGAAUCUAGAUAAAGCCAACGUAAACAUAGUAAAGGAGAGAAAGUUAUACAACAAAAAAUAUUUUCAACAAUAGACUACUGCAAAAGACGGCUUCUAAGUUUCAAUGCACCUUUUACAAUAAAUUUAAAAUUCUAUUUUUAUAAAGGCAAAAAUAAAAUUUAGUACUACAAUCA